GAUAAAGGAAUUGGUGCAUCCACUUGUGAACACUGAGCAUCUACAAUGGAUUUCAGUGGGCAGUAUGAACUUCAGAGCCAGGAAAACAUGAAGCCAUUUAUGAAUGCUCUGGGAAUCCCAGAUGAUAUGAUUGAGAAGAUAAAAGAACUAAAGAGUGUUACUAAAAUUGUUCAAAAUGGAAAAGACUUCAUAGUGGCUGUGCAAACUGGCAAUCAGAUGCUUGUUAAUAACUUCACCCUUGGACGUGAGACCUAUGUAGAAACUCCAACAGGAGAGAAGGUCAAGGCCACAAUAAACCUGGAAGGAGAAAAUAAGCUGGUCAUUAACACAAAAGACAUUACUUCAGUUGCAGAGUUCAAUGGGGAUCUGCUGAUUAAUACAAUAACUUUGGGAGACAUUGUUUACAAGCGGAUAAGCAAAAAAACUGAAGAUCCUGAUGAAGAGCAAUGUAGUUCAUUAUAAUUGUUCUUGAAGCAAAAUAAAU